AUGGUUCGCGACCAGAAGCUCCUCAAUCGUAUUCGGACCGAAGUCAAUACCGCCAUGAUACCUGGUGCCACUGAGGAAACGAUGCUCGAUAUUGACAUCACCAAGCUUUCGGCGCUACCACUACUCAAUGCCGUGUACAACGAGUGCCUGCGCCUCCGCUCCAGUAUUCCUAUUUCAAGGAGACUGAGGCAAGAUAUCGAGAUAGACGGGUACACUUUGAAGAAGGACAACUUCAUUCUGGCGCCUAGUUGGUUGUCACACAUUGACGACACCGUUUGGGCUUUUCCCGGUCACCCAGCUAGGGAGUUCUGGGCAGAACGUUUCCUUCAGCCAGAGACUCGGAAGGUGAAGCUGGGCGACUAUUGCCCUUACGGUGGCGGCAGUGUCAUAUGCCCUGGCCGAUUCUUCGCCAAGCAUGAGAUUUUAGCCGCGGUGGCAAUGAUGGUCACCCUGUUUGACCUGGAAUUCGAGCGAUGGUCCCAUUUGGAUGGUUCUCCCGCAGAUAGAGGACUGGGAAUGGAGAAGGCUGAUCGUCUGGCCGUUGCGGCCAUCACCUUUUCGGCUGCUCUUGUCGAGGCCCAAGCAGCACCCAAACGACCAAACAUCCAAGCAACACCUCAUAGCCCGUUCAAAUCCUUCACACCCUCAACAUCACGCGAAGAUGGGAAGACAUGCUUCGUCAAGCCCAGUUGUACCCCCGGACGCGAUGAUGCGCCCAAAAUUCUGGCUGCCUUAGAAGACUGCAAUGACGGCGGAACUGUGGUACUUGACAAAGCCUACACUGUCUGCUCGCGACUAGACCUCCGAUUUUUGAAGAAGAUUGACAUUGCCCUGACGGGCUCAAUCACCUUCUGUGACGACUUGGACGUCUGGACCCCGGACUACCUGUUUCAGUUUCCCUUCCAGGACCAAAGUACUUGGUGGCUUUGGGGCGGGGAGGACGUCAAUCUCUACGGUCUCGGCACGGGCACAAUCGACGGUAACGGUCAGGCUUGGUACGAUGCCCAUGGUGCAGACAGUACUGUCGAGAGACCGCUGCUGUUUGUGACUGAUGGUUGGCAUGGAGGUUCGAUCACGGGGCUCAAGAUCCGAUCAUCUCCUCAGUGGCACUUUUUGAUUGCCAACAGCUCGGACCUUUUGGUCUCUGACAUCGAUGUUUACUCGCGAUCGACGUCACAGUUCGAGGCGAAGAACUUGGAUGGCUGGGAUACGUAUCGAUCUGACAACAUCGUUAUCCAGAAUUCCUACCUGGAUCAUGACGACGAUUGUGUUAGUUUCAAACCAAACAGCACGAACAUCCUGGUCCAAGGCCUCACUUGCAACUCGUCUCACGGAAUCUCCGUUGGCUCCUUGGGCCAGUACCCUGGAGUUUGGGAUGUGGUCGAGAAUCUCUACAUUUACAACAUCUCUAUGAGCAACGCGACCGACAGCGCUCGUCUCAAAGUUUGGCCAGGAGAAGGUGCUGUGACCAAUCCAGGUUGGAUUGGUGGCGGCGGCGCUGGUAUCGUGCGUAACGUCACGUACGAGCGCUUUUUCGUCAACAACAACGAUGCCGCGCUGAAGAUCGACCAGUGCUAUGGCGCCGUGAAUGCAUCAACCUGCCAAGAGAACCCGUCUUUGAUGGUCAUCACUGACGUCGUGUUCAAAGACUUUUUUGGGAAGACUUCGAAAAAGAGUGAUCCUGUUGUUGGGUCGUUGAUUUGCAGCGACCAAGAUAGUUGCGAUAAUAUCCAGGCUUUCAACAUUACAGUUGAGCCCCCAAGCGGAAAGCCGGCUCAGUGGAAGUGUCGCAACAUGGAUGCCGAGCUGUUGGAUCUCAGUGGAGUUGGUUGCGUGGCGGGUUAA